AUGGCGGCUUCACUAUCCAAGGGCGCUGCCGCUGCCGCUACAGCCAUCGGUUCUACCGCCGCGGACACCGCUGUACAGACUUCGGCGGCUGCUGAGCCAACCAGUGAGACAUCUGCCGCUCAACCCACGACCUCUUCAGCCGAUCCGACGACUUCGGCUGUCGAAACGACAACCUCGUCCACGGCUGCUCCCACCACUUCAACCGCACCCACUACCACUAGUACUACGAGCAGUACUACGAGUAGUACGACUAGUAGCACGUCCACGCCUGAGCCGACUACGUCGACUCCCGAGCCUACCACGUCGACCCCGGAGCCCACCACGUCGACCACCCAGCCUGUGACUACUUCGUCCACUUCGACUACUUCUUCCACUUCUUCUACUACAACCGCCCCGACCACCUCCAUAGCUCCCGAGACGACAACGUUCUCAUCUACACAGGGAACUACCGUAGUUAUUAUCACGUCCACCCAAUUAGCGCCCACCGCCGAUACCACGUCUAUCACCUCUUCCAGCGCAACCGACUCGGCCGCGCUCUCUACCUCCACCACAGCAGCAGGCUCCGGUGGUCUUUCUCCCAGCGGCACAAUCGCUGUCGCAGUCGUGGUCCCGGUUGUCUCGGUGGCAUUGAUCAUCCUGGCCCUGCUCUUCUUCUGGCGUAAGCGUAAGGCGAACAAGGCGGCCGAAGAGGAGCGCCGCAAGGAAGUAGAGGAGUACGGAUUCAACCCCAACAACCCAAACAACGACCCAACCCUCCCUGGUAUGGCAGGCACUGUGGUGCCCAAGGACAACGAAUCCUCCGGCUACCGCGGCUGGGGAACUACUUCUGCCGGGCGCAAGGCGUCCACCAACCUCUCCAGCGGAAUGGGUGGCCUGGCCAUGUCGGAAGGCAGCAGCCCGGGUUAUCACCACGGCGCAACACCUAGCGAUGGCACUGUGCAAUAUUCCGAUGGAACCCGGCCCGACUCCGGAGAGAUCGUCGAACCUCUCGGUGUGCUAGGCGCCGCCCCAGUGGCUGCCAACAACCGGAAUAACGGCGAUAUCCACCGCGGCCCCUCCAACGCAUCUUCCGCGUACUCCGCAGCCAACCGAUCCGACGCAUCGGAAGAAAGUCACAUGUCCGCUGUCCACCCCUCAGCUGGCUACUACGGUGAGAACCCGUACUACGGCGACAUCAACACGCACGGUGCAUACGGCGGGGACGACUACCAGCCUGUGAUCCGUGACGUCCAAGCACGUCGCAAUACCCGCAUUGAAAACCCGGGCGUCUAUCCACGACAGGGCAAUGCCGGUAUCGCGCAGAACUUCUGA